AAGCACCUUAAUUGAUGUCGACCAAACUAAGCAUUAUUCUUGGCCUCAUUUUCUUCAUCAUCACACCAUUUUCUGGUGACUGUAGAAUCCUUUCCGAGAAACAUGACCAUGAUUCUUCAUCCUUUUACGGCUUUAGUUUCCAAGAUUCGAUGCGUUCUAGUUCUGUUUCUUCUUACACAAGCAAUGAUUGCGGUUUCUCCUUCACAGGACAUGAUCCUGCCAAGGAUCAUACCGGAGAAUCGGUGAAGUUUCAACUAAAGCGCCGGGAUAUUAAACAAGAAACCAAGAGAACAACACAAUCAGUUGUCGAUCUCAAAAUCCAAGACCUCACAAGAAUGCAGACGCUUCACACACGGGCUAAGAAAACACAGAGCCAGAAAAACGAGAUCUUUAAGAAGAAGAUUACCUCAGUUCUUUCUCCGGUGAGAGCUCCAGAAGCUUCACCGGGGAACCUGGUGGCGACACUCGAGUCUGGUAUGACGCUCGGUUCUGGUGAAUACUUCAUGGACGUGCUUGUGGGAACACCACCAAAACAGUUCUCAUUGAUUCUUGACACAGGGAGUGAUUUAAACUGGCUCCAAUGCCUUCCUUGCUACGACUGCUUCCACCAACACGGCGCCUUUUAUGACCCGAAAGCGUCUGUUUCAUUCAAGAACAUAUCAUGCAAUGACCCUAGAUGCAGCCUCAUCUCAUCACCAGAUCCUCCAGUACAGUGCAAGUCGGAUAACCAAUCAUGCCCUUAUUUCUACUGGUAUGGAGACAGAUCAAACACCACAGGAGAUUUCGCGGUUGAGACAUUCACCGUUAGUCUCACGAACUCCGAGGGAGGAAGCUCAGAGUACAAGGUGGAAAAUAUGAUGUUUGGUUGUGGCCAUUGGAACCGAGGUCUGUUCAGUGGUGCUUCAGGUCUGCUUGGGUUAGGAAGAGGACCUCUUUCGUUUUCUUCUCAGCUUCAAUCUCUCUAUGGUCAUUCCUUUUCUUAUUGCCUUGUCGAUAGAAACAGCGACACCAAUGUAAGCAGCAAGCUGAUCUUUGGAGAAGACAUUGACUUGCUGAACCACCCAAAUUUGAAUUUCACAUCUUUUGUGAACCACACAAAUGCUGUGGAGACAUUUUACUAUGUACAGAUCAAAUCCAUUCUAGUGAACGGCGAAGCACUGGACAUACCUGAAGAAACAUGGAAUAUCUCUUCAGAUGGUGCUGGUGGAACCAUCAUUGAUUCAGGUACAACCUUAAGCUACUUCACGGAACCAGCGUAUGAGAUCAUCAAGAACAAGUUUGCAGAGAAAGGGAAAGACAAGUACCCGGUGUUUAGAGAUUUCCCGGUGCUAGAUCCUUGCUUCAACGUGUCUGGCGUGGAGGAGAACAACAUUCAGCUGCCUGAGCUCGGGGUUGCUUUUGCAGACGGCGCAGUGUGGAAUUUCCCAGCCGAGAAUACAUUCAUUUGGUUAAGUGAGGAUUUGGUUUGCUUGGCAAUCCUAGGAACUCCUUCAUUCUCGAUCAUAGGGAAUUACCAGCAACAGAAUUUCCAUAUACUAUAUGAUACAAAGAGGUCUAGGCUAGGAUUUGCACCCACAAAAUGUGCCUGAUUUAUAACCUCUUAUAGAUUAUACACAUAAAGUAACUGUACACAAGGUAACACUUGAAGAUCCUAAUCAAAUAACACAUAGAACCGAGACUUCAAAAGAAAAGAUUUAUACAAGCUUUGUUCAUUACUGGAUAUCUUU